UUCGUGGUUUUUAAAGCUCAAUCGUUUUUGAACACUCGUUACCAGGAUCCAUAAUACACAUGAUAUACGAUUUGAUGUAAGUUGCGUAACAGAGAAGAGACCAGACUCGUCGAUUAUCCGCCCGCUCUUCUCGGAACAACACGGGCAGGCGGAUAUACGAUACCGACAUUGUAUCUAAUCUCCACGGCUACAAAGCAACGAGUAAAUAUUGUAUUCCAGAAGGGGAUACUUUCGGUGGGUAUCGAUGUAUCGGCUAUCAAUAUCGUUCGUUCGGUUAGUGCUAUCCGGAGUACCCGGUCGCUUGACAAUAAACUGUCGUCUUCCCACGAAAAUAUCCGAAAAUAUCGUGUAGAGUGAAGAACACACUUUUAUCGUAUGUUCUAUUUUUUUCUUUUUCUUUUAUUUUUUUCUUCGAUAUCUCUAUUCGUUAAUGAUUGGUAUUCUCUUCCCGUGGCGCAUCAUUCAUCAUCGAAGGAGAUCAAGGAUCGAGAAGAGACAUGCGGUUUCAAUUCUCAGCUUUUCUGCUUCUCUGCGCCGUUUCGCUUGCGACGACACAGGAAGUCUGGGAGUGUCAAGAAGGUGUCGACGACGAGCUGAUUUGGGAAUAUGCGGUCAGAAGACCGUAUCGAAUCGGUGGUUAUCAAGAGGUAGAGGCGGAUUAUGGACCGACUGACGCGAGAAUCACGUGCAUACGUAUCAACUCGCUCUCCGAUGAAGAUAACGGCGCGGCGUGGGUCACCGCCGGCGGAAUCGGCUACAACUUCGUCAAACUCAAGUUCAGGUCGAAGUACUCACGAGGACUCCACUACAGAGUUCUCGUUUACGGGCGGCCCACCUCGAGAGGGUUAUUUUAAUGGCUUACAAACGUAUUUCGCACUAGUACUUAAUCUCGAUUCCCAUGUUUAAAUAUGUAAUCGCUUGAAUUGUUUUUUUUUAA